CAUAAAUCUAGCUACUUCUUUUUUACGUUUCUUUAUUGUGUAGCUCAACGAGGAGAGCUUGCAUUCUCUUGGAGCUCUCUUCUAGAGUAGGGUGAAAAAAGAAAACCCCAUUUCAAAGAGGGAUUAGGGGUUUUUUUUCCCCUUUUGUUCGGAGGGAGGAUGAAGAAAUGUCAAGUGGUGCUGAAAAGUGGAAGAAGAAGAAAUUGUAGUACUUCGUCGACGAUGAUUACGAAUGUGAGAUACGGGGAGUGCCAGAAGAAUCACGCUGCGAACAUUGGAGGAUACGCCGUCGAUGGAUGCGGGGAGUUCAUGGCGAGCGACAUGGAAGGGACGACGGGUGCUUUGACGUGCGCCGCUUGCAGUUGCCACCGGAAUUACCACAGAAGAGAAGUGGAAACCGAGGUGGCAUGUGAGUGUACCUAAUUCUUCGUAUGGUCAAUAGCUAAAG